AUGUUAUCAUUAAGUAGAUUCUAUAGUAGUGUAGCACAUCGUAGUGAUGUCGUUCGUUUGGUGAAUGGAUUUCGUUUGCAUGGUCAUCUGAAGGCUACUGUCGAUCCGUUGGCCAGACUCGAGAGAAAGGCAUCGCCAUUGUUGACACUCGAGCACUACGGUUUGAAGGAGUCCGAUGUCUUCAAGCCAACUGCCAACGUACUGAAGCAAUUGAGCAGUGAGAAACCAUUGUCCGGUGUAAUUGAAUACCUCAACGGUGUAUACUGCGGUGACUCCACCGUGCAAUUUGAACACAUCGAAUCGGAGGAAGAGAAACAAUGGUUAUACGACACCUACGAACGUAUCCAAAACACAAAGCAUACCGACGAGCAAAAGAUCAACAUUCUCAAACAACUAGUCAAAUCAGAAGUAUUUGAUCAUUUCAUGCAAAAGAAAUUCCCAACUACCAAACGUUAUGGUUUGGAAGGUAAUGAAAGUAUGAUGGUUGCUUGUGAUGCUGUUUUCAGUGAGUGUGCAAAGGAAGGUGUAGAGAAUGUUGUUAUUGGUAUGCCACAUAGAGGUAGAUUGAAUUUGUUGGUACAGAUGUGUAAUUACCCAGCAAAGGAUCUGUUUUGGAAGGUAAAGGGUAACAGUGAGUUGCCACCAGGUGUCAUUGGAAUCGGUGAUGUUCUCUCGCAUAUCGGUGUUUCGUCGGAUGUCAAAGUCGAUGGUGGAAAGGUUCAUGUUUCAUUGAUGCAGAAUCCAUCGCAUUUGGAAGCGGUCGAUCCAGUCUGUCUAGGAAAGACACGUGCCAAACAAUUCUAUACUAACGACCAAUCACGUGAUCGUUCCGUUUGUUUGAUGUUGCAUGGUGACGCUGCUUUUGCCGGUCAGGGUGUUGUCACCGAGACACUGUCACUCUCACAGCUCCCUGGAUUCACAGCCGGUGGUGCCGUGCACAUCGUCGUAAACAACCAACUCGGUUUCACAACCAUUCCAUUGAAUGGACGUUCCACUCGUUACUCCUCGGACAUUGGUAAGUUUGUUGGAUGUCCAAUUAUCUUGGUCAACUCGCAGAAUCCAGAGGCUGUAGAUCGUGUCUGUCGUCUCGCCGUCGAAUAUCGUAAUCAAUUCAAGAAGGAUAUCAUCAUUGAUUUGAUCGGUUGGCGUAAAUAUGGACACAACGAAGUCGACGAACCAUCGUUCACCCAGCCAACCAUGUAUACAAACAUUCGUAAGCGUACAUCGAUUCCACAGUUGUACGCCAAGAUGUUGGCAGCCAGCAAUAUCUACUCUGCCGAGCAAUUGGCUGAGUUUACCGCUGCCGAACAAAAAGCAUUGGAAGAUCAAUUGGCUUUGACCAAUGUUGUUGAUUUCAACUAUUCACCAGCCGACCAUUUGGAAGGACAAUGGAAGGGAUUCGUACAAUCGACACGUCUUGCAACCACUCAACCAGAGACCGGUGUCGACAAGCAGACACUCUUGAAGAUCGCUGAGGAUUCAACUAAAGUUCCAGAGGAUUUCACUGUUCAUCAACGUCUGGUUCGUUCAUUCUCAAAUGCUCGUCAGGAAAAGACAAAGCAAGGAUUGGCCGAUUGGGCAACUGCAGAGGCAAUGGCCGUUGGUUCGCUCAUGAAACAAGGAUACAAUGUUAGAAUCUCAGGACAAGAUGUUGGUCGUGGUACUUUCUCACAACGUCACUGGGAGCUCUAUGAACAAUCGACCGAUCGUGUCUACCAACCAUUGAACAACGCCGGUCUCCCAGGAAAGCUGACUGUUGUCAAUUCCAAUCUCUCAGAGUUUGCCGUGCUCUGCUACGAAUACGGAUACUCCUUGGAGUCACCAAAGACCUUGCCAAUUUGGGAAGCGCAAUUCGGUGAUUUCUUCAAUGGUGCACAGAUCGCCAUCGAUCAAUUCGUCGCCAACAGUGAGUCGAAAUGGUUGCGUCAAUCCGGUUUGACUUUGUUGUUGCCACACGGAUUCGAUGGUGCCGGUCCCGAACACAGUUCCUGCAAGAUCGAACGUUUCCUCCAACAAUGCGAUACCGAAGCAGUCGAUGUUAAAAACCCAGAGAAAGUAAACAAGGAAACCAACAUGUACGUAAUCAAUCCAUCGACUCCAGCCAACUACUUCCACGCUCUCCGUCGUCAGAUGAUUCGUAACUACCGUAAACCACUGAUUGUCGUCGGUCCAAAGGUGCUACUCCGUCAUCCAGCUUGUUUCUCGUCAUUCGACGAAAUGACACCGGGAACCAGCUUCCAAACUGUCCUUCCCGAUCCAGACACCGUCGCAAAUCCAUCGGCAAUCGAACGUGUCAUUUUCUGUUCCGGAAAGAUCUUUUACGAUCUCCAAGAGGAGAGAAAGAAACUCGGUGAUACCACCACCGCCAUCGUCAGAUUGGAAGAACUCUCGCCAUUCCCCUACGAAGGUGUCGAGCGUGAACUCCAACGUUACAGCAACGCCAAGGAUUUCGCUUGGUGUCAAGAGGAACAACAGAAUGCAGGUGCCUGGAGUUUCGUCGAACCACGUUUCAAGCAACGUUUCAGCGAAACCGCUCAAAUCAGAUAUAUAGGUCGUGAACCACUUUGCGCAAGUGCAAUCGGUGUUUCAUCCAUUCAUAAGCAAGAGGUUGCUAAAUUAAUGAAAGAUGCAUUCGCUAAACAAUAA